AUGGACCCAAUGGAGAUAUCAAGGGGGUUUCCUGGAACUUUGAAUCUUCUUGGUCAUACUGCCAAAAGGAAAUCACUUUCAUCUGUUACUGACCAACACGGCUUCAAAACAGAAGGUAGAGCCCAUAUACAAGAUUCAAGGGAAUCCCAAUUGAACGUGAAGCUUUCGUUAGGCUUACCGGAACUGGGCGGAUCUCCGCACAGUUCAACACUGACAGCAUCCCCAACAGGUCAAAACAAAUGUAAAUAG